AUGUAUGGAAACCCCACAAAAGCUGAGUCUGGGCCUCUGGGCCUCUCAGAGCUGAGUCUGGGCCUCUCAGAGCAGAGUCUGGGCCUCUCAGAGCAGAGUCUGGGCCUCUCAGAGCAGAGUCUGGGCCUCUCAGAGCUGAGUCUGGGCCUCUCAGAGCAGAGUCUGGGCCUCUCAGAGCUGAGUCUGGGCCUCUCAGAGCUGAGUCUGGGCCUCUCAGAGCUGAGUCUGGGCCUCUCAGAGCUGAGCCUGGGCCUCUCAGAGCAGAGUCUGGGCCUCUCAGAGCUGAGUCUGGGCCUCUCAGAGCUGAGUCUGGGCCUCUCAGAGCUGAGCCUGGGCCUCUCAGAGCAGAGUCUGGGCCUCUCAGAGCUGAGCCUGGGCCUCUCAGAGCAGAGUCUGGGCCUCUCAGAGCAGAGUCUGGGCCUCUCAGAGCAGAGUCUGGGCCUCUCAGAGCUGAGUCUGGGCCUCUAA